AUGGAGUUCGUAUGGUUCUUCAUUCUUCCUCUCGCCGGUUUGCUGAUCGGCUGGCUCGUCCGAUGGUCAUAUGCUAGAUUCGAGCUUUCCUCUUCGGAGCAGAAAGCAAAAAGAGUUCUCCAAGACGCGAUACGAGAGGCCGAAGAGAAGAAACGUGAAGCCCUCAUUGAGACAAAGGACCUGCUGCUCGCCGAACGUGAGACGUUGGAUCGCGAAUCCCGCGAUCAAAGGCGCGAGAUUGAGCGCUACGAGCGGAAGAUCCGUCAGAGGGAAGAGAGCCUCCAGGAGCGACUCGAGAGCGUAAGUCGUCAGGAACGGGCACUCGCCACGCGCGAGCAGCAAGUACAGGAGCGAGAGGACGCCGUCGGCGAAGCUGGAGCGGCGCUCAACGCCGAGCUGGAGAAAGUCGCCCAACUCACGGUCGCAGAAGCCAAACGGCAACUGACCGCCAACAUCGAAACGGACGCCCGCCGGGACGCGCAUGACUUGGUGCGCCGCAUCGAGGCGGAGGCCGCCGAGGGCGCCGAGCGGCAAUCACGGGCGGUGAUCGUCACCGCGAUGCAGCGCUUGGCGACCGAGGUCACCGCGGAGACCACCGUCACGUCGGUCGAUCUGCCCUCGGACGAGAUGAAGGGCCGGAUCAUCGGCCGGGAGGGCCGGAACAUCCGGGCGCUGGAAACCUUGACGGGGGUCGACAUCAUCAUCGACGACACCCCGGAAGCGGUCAUCCUCUCGUGCUUCGAUCCGGUUCGCAGGGAGACCGCGAAGCAGGCGCUGCAGCGGCUGGUCGCGGACGGGCGCAUCCAUCCGGCGCGUAUCGAGGAGGUGGUGCGCAAGGUUAUGCGGGAACUGGAGCAGACGCUGUUCGAAGAGGGGCAGCGGGUCCUGUUCGAGCUGGGCAUUCACGACAUGCACCCGGACGGGGUGGCGGCCCUCGGUCGCCUGCGCUACCGGACCAGCUACGGUCAGAACCAGCUUUCCCACUCGAAAGAGGCUGCGGUGCUCGCGGGGUUCAUCGCCGUGGAGGUAGGAGCCGACACGAAGUCGGCAAAGCGAGCGACUCUGCUGCACGACGUCGGCAAGGGUAUGGUUUCCGACGGAGAGGUCGGCCACGCCGAGCUCGGCAUGGAUCUGGCAAGCGGAUCGACGGUCGAGGCGAUCAUCGUCCAGAUCGCGGACACCAUCUCCUCGUCGCGUCCGGGGGCGCGGCGCGAAGCGCUCGACAACUACCUGAAGCGCUUGGAGGAUCUCGAGCGAAUCGCCGGGGGGUACGAUGGCGUGGAGAAAACCUACGCGAUCCAGGCGGGGCGUGAGUUGCGUAUACUGGUGAGCGCCGACACGGUCUCCGACCAACGCGCCGGCGAACUGGGCCCUGUGCGAUUAUCGCAAGAGAACGGGAGUUCGGAAGCGACUUGGUAA